AUGUAUGCUUCAAAAAAAUUAAACAUGAAUAGUAUUGCCAUAAAUAUAAGUGCGGAGGGGGAAAAUUUUGACGAUUAUUACCAAGUAUUUUUGAAAUAUAAAGAAGAGAUGGAUAGUCAAAGUGCCAAGAGUGAGGAACAAAAUAGUUCUAGUGAUGGUGAAACUUUAACUCCCAAUUUAGGGAAUAACAAAGAUAAAACUGAAUCGGAAGAAUCAGAAAAAAAAGACUGGGAGUGA